UAAUGCUAGAGAGACAUUAAUGGCUGCUCUGAAUCUGAAUCCAAAUGUCAACAAAGCCAAGAAUCUCAUUAUGUUCCUCGGAGAUGGAAUGGGUGUGGCCACAAUUACGGCAGCUCGUAUUUACCAGGGACAGCUGGCUGGGCAACCUGGAGAAGAGAAUGUCUUGGAGAUGGAAAAAUUCCCAUAUGUGGCUCUUUCCAAGGUGUACAAUGUAGAUGCCCAGGUUCCAGACAGUGCAGGCACUGGAACCGCCUACUUAUGUGGAGUUAAAGCCAAUUCUGGAACUUUGGGAGUGAGCGCUGCUGUUCAGAGUAGAGUCUGCACUAGUGCUAAUGGAAAUGAGGUGAAUUCUAUUCUUCACAGAGCUAAACUAGCAGGUAAAUCAGUGGGUAUUGUGACAACCACACGUGUCCAACAUGCCUCUCCAGCUGCGGCCUAUGCUCACAUUGUCGAUAGGAACUGGUACUCUGACAAUGAGAUGACCGUGAAUAUGAUUAACAGUGGCUGCAAGGAUAUUGCGUACCAGCUUGUGCACAACACCGACAUUGAUGUGAUUCUGGGAGGUGGGAGAGCCUAUAUGAAUGCCAAAGGGACACCUGACCCAGAAUACCCAACCAGUACAUCAAGUCAAGCCCUUCGAAGAGAUGGCCUUAAUUUGACUAAUAUUUGGUUGAAUAAAAGGCCGGGGUCAAAAUAUGUGUGGAAUAAACAAGACUUUGAUGCUGUGGAUGAAACUACAACAGAUUAUCUCAUAGGGCUGUUUGAACCAAAAGACUUGAAAUAUGAACUAAAUCGCAAUCCUUCCACUGACCCAUCCCUAGAGGAGAUGACUGAGAAGGCCAUUAAGAUCCUAAGCAAGAAUCCCAAUGGAUUUUUCCUUUUUGUGGAAGGUGGCAGAAUUGACCAUGGUCAUCAUGAUGGCAAUGCUAAGAAUUCCUUGACAGAGGCUGUUGAGUUUGAUAAAGCCAUUCGCAAAGCUGGCCAGCUGACUUUAGAAUCUGACACAUUGACUGUUGUGACUGCUGACCAUUCUCAUGUCUUCACCUUUGGAGGGUACACAGAUCGUGGUAACAGUAUUUUUGGUUUGGCACCAAGCAGAGCCAGUGACCUCAAACCAUUUACCAGCUUGCUGUAUGGAAAUGGUCUUGGAUUCAAACUCACUAAUGGAGUACGAGAAGAUAUCACUUCCAUUGAUACAGAAUCCUCCAGUUACAGACAGCAAGCGGCUGUCCCACUUGUUUCAGAAACACAUGGAGGAGAAGAUGUGGCCAUCAUGGCUAAAGGCCCAUUUGCUCAUCUGUUCCAUGGCAUCCACGAGCAGAAUUAUAUUGCCCACGUGAUGGCAUAUGCAGCCUGUCUGGAGCCCUAUACAGACUGCAUACAGUUAAAGUCUGCCUCUCCCCAUAACUAAACAUGCUUUAGGUUGA